AAGAUAAAAUUUCAAAUGGCAUAUUUGCGUGAAAUCCCUGUGGGAUGCUGGUCACUCAAUGAAUAUGGCAUGUUUGUUAGGUUUGAAAUGCUGUACUUUGCCUUGAGGAGGUAUUUAAUGCUUCCCUUUUUUUCCCUCUUUCAGUGUAUGAUAAAUCAUCAAGCUCUUCCUUGCCUCCUGAACCUGUUGUCACAUAAUCAUAAGAAGAGCAUCAAGAAGGAAGCUUGCUGGACCAUUUCAAACAUCACAGCUGGAAAUGUAAAUCAGAUACAGGCUGUAAUUGAGGCUGGUAUCAUUCCACCCCUUGUCCAACUACUUCAAAUUGCAGAGUUUGAGAUCAAGAAAGAAGCUGCUUGGGCAAUUUCAAAUGCUACUUCUGGUGGCACCCAUGAUCAAAUCAAGUACUUGGUAAGCCAGGGGUGUAUCAAGCCAUUGUGUGAUCUCCUAAUUUGUCCAGACCCAAGAAUUGUCACAGUUUGCUUGGAAGGGCUUGAGAACAUUCUAAAGGUUGGGGAAGCUGAGAAAAAUAUGGGCAAGACAGAUGUAAACUUGAAUGCCCAAUUGAUUGAUGAUGCUGAGGGGAUAGAUAAGAUUGAAAAUCUUCAGAGUCAUGACAACAAUGAGAUAUAUGAAAAGGCAGUGAAGAUUUUAGAGACAUAUUGGGUUGAGGAUGAUGAUGAGCCAUUGCCCCCAGGUGAUGCUCCUCAAUCUAGCUUCAAUUUUGGAGGAAAUGAAGUUCCUGUUCCUUCUGGUGGAUUUAACUUCAGUUGAAGGACUUCCGGUUGGCAGUGGAAUGAAGUUUGGAGUCUAGGUUUGUGACAUUGAAUAUUUUUCAACUUCUGGUGGCUAGGAUAUCUACUUACCCUUUGGUCCUGUUAUGUUCGCGAGUCUGGUGUAGUUGAAGAGAUCACUGAAGUAUGUUUGCUCUCUUACAGUGGUCCAAUAAAAGGGGGUGUGUGUGAUACCAUGAAUUAGGUUAGAUUGUGAAAAUUGUGGAAGUACUAGCAAUCGCCAGAGAAAACCACCCGAACAAUGUAGCAACCCCUGCCUCCAUUUUAUUUCUUUUCCUUUGCUGGUUACUAAAAUGGAAGGGCAAGGCCUGUUUGGUUUUUCCGCUUUAUAGCUCAGAGCGAUAUAAGAAAAAGAUACUUUAUGUUUUUUAUUUAUUUAUUUUUAUUUUCAAGUGAAGGUCCUGUUUUUAUUUAUCAAAAAGAAAAAGAAAGUGAAGGUCCUGUUUUGAUGGUAAUAGGGGAUCUCAAGAUUUUGUCAUUUUAGUAAGAAAGGUUUCUGUUCUGGAUACCAUGUGUUUGGUGAUGAAAGAUUUUUUGUUGGUUGUAUUAAUGUCAAAAAAGUCAAGGAUUAAUGAAGUUUAUGUUUGGUUAUU